CCGAUCAGCUGAUUUUUGUUUUGAUUCUCGAGGAAAGGUCAUGCGUUAGUCCCUUCAAAAGAACUCUUAAUCAAUCAGAAUUCCGAAGAAACAAGAGCAAAACGAAGGGAGCGGGGAUAAGUAGACUUCCAGCAUCUGCUCUAAAUGUGUAAUGCGUUAUCGAUGUCUAUAAAUAGUGCAACGACGUCCAAAAUGAAGCGGAUUCUUGGUAGACUCUCAUACGUGUCGGAGGUUGGCAGAAAAAGAAUUAAUACUAUUCGUGAUCAUAAUUCUUCUGUGAAAACUCUUCGUCCUACAUCCUCUCGCGAAGAGUAUGCACAGUCUGCUCUUGCGCAGCGGAAUAUUUUUAGCUUUAUGUCCAAAGAGCAGUUGCAAACUCCACCCGCUCCAUUGCAAAUUCGGCGCUACGCCUCCAACUUGUCACAGGAGAAUUGCAACUCCGGGAGGCUUCUAGAGUACUUGCACUUCCACCAGGAGACCAGUGUGGAAACCCGAGAAGCUGUCUCGUCAUCCUUUGUAGUUCUGAGAGACUUUGUUACGGAAGAAGAGGAAAAAACGCUCUUAAAAGAAGUUGAACCACAUUUGAAGAGACUGCAUUAUGAACACGACCACUGGGAUGAUGCAAUACAUGGCUUUCGAGAAACAGAGAGGUCCAAGUGGGGGAAAGCCUCGUCAAAGAUCCUGGCCAAGUUGCAAGAAUUUGCUUUUCCUAACCAAGAUGAAAAGUUGGCUCUGGUGCACAUCCUGGAUCUAGCCAAGACUGGAGUGAUUAAGCCUCAUGUCGACAGCAUCAGGGGACGCAUCUCGAUACAACUACACUCACGAGGUCCUGGGAGAGAAGGAAUCCUAUUUCGGUUCAGUGCCAGUGCCAAGGGAAAGGAGGAUCUCUAUCAUGUGCCGCAAUUACCCGAGAGAGGAGGAUGUGUCCUAAUAUGGGAGAAGGUAAUGAGAAGAGGUAUGUGUUUUCUUUAUUUUAUUUAUGGAGAUGGGGUUCUUAGGAUAAACUUCUUCAGAAUACCCUUUCCACUAUUUCUGGUUUUAAGAAUGCAAAUUGCUUAACACCAGACUAAGGUUGCAUGAAAACGGAUUGUAGGAAUGCACGUUUGAUGGAAACAGAUUGUAAGAUUGCCCGUUGUUUGAAAAUAGGUUUUAAGAAUUCAUUUUGCAGUUAUAAUGGGUGUAGAAUUAUUGCCUUUUGAAAUAAGUUCCUGUCACUUUUUAAUUUCAUUCCGACUGUUUUAGAAGCCCUAUAGAAUGUUAAAGUGUCACAAUGUGUUAUUCUCAUAAUUAUCAAAAUAUAAAAAGUUAUAUGCAUUUACUGUAUUCCUUUCUGCCUCGGAGGCUUUUAAUUUGCAACCCCUUACUUUGCAAGAGAUAUCAGAGAAAAUCCAGAUACGACUUGUACAAUGCGAAUAAUGUAUAUCUUCCAUGUAAUAGCGAUUUGCAAUUGGUUGCGAUAUAAGUUAGGGCAGGAAGUAAAACUUGGCAUAUCAUUUAGGUCCCUAGUUUAGAAUGCCUUUUCGCCGUGCGCCGUCCACGUCACGAUGUUUUGCCAAAUAACCAAAAUUGUUUAUAGAUUCUUCCACACGUCAAGACCGCUCUCUGGAAUACACGACGAUGGGUCUUGGACGGUGCAUCUGAAAGUGGCCAAUUCGUGACUCACUGAACUUCUUGUGAUUUCAGAGAUUCGGCCACACAAGGUUAAUAGACAGUUACUUCUCAUUUCUGUUGUUUGCUAUGAAAACAACAGUACAGGAAAUGUACUGACCGUCUUGUAUAGAUUAACUGCAAACUGAAAAGGGUGUUGGUGAGGAAUAAUCAGAACAUCAAAAUCCUGCCUAUGUAAUUGUAAGAUUGUGUGUGUGUAUGUGUGUGUGUGUGUGUGUGUGUGUGUGUGUGUGUGUGUGUGUGUGUGUGUGUGUGUGUGUGUGUGUGUGUGUGUGUGUGUGUGUG